AUGACUAGUCACUUAUUGCAUAUUUGUAAUGUAUUAUUUAUAUUAGUAUUAACUUCGGCCCAUAAAAAUUGUUUUGAAGAAUCAAAUCAUAUAAACUAUCUAUUUUUGAAUGAUAUGUCUCAAAUAAAAAUUCCAUUAUUACCACUUGAUUGUAUUUAUUGUCAAUCAGCAUAUCAAGUUGAUAUUCAACUUAUUGAUGAACAAUUCUUUGGUAAUCGUACAAUACAACGUAUAAAAAUAUUUUUAAAAAAUUUUGAAAUUGAAGAUUUAUCUUAUAUUUGUCUUAUAAAUAUUUGUCCAAUUAUAGUUGAAUAUGGAAGUAAUUCAAUUCAAUUAAAUAUAACAUCAUCAUUAUUUUCACAUGUUUUUCUUUCAUUCAUAUAUUUGAAUUCUUAUAAUUAUUCAAUUAUAUGUUCAAUACAAACACGUUUUGCUAUAUAUUCAUUAAAUCAAUUUUUAAUAUGUACAGAAAAAAUUUAUCUUCAUCCACGGUUAAAUAUUCAAAUCAUAGGACAAUUAUUAAUUUAUGAUUGUCGUGCAUAUUUAUUUGAAGAAAAUAUUUAUCAAACAAGUAUAAAAUUUCAUCGAAAAAAUUUUCCUUCAAAUAAUCAAAUAACAAAAAUAAAAUCUUCAGGUAAAACAUGUGAAUAUAUAUUAGAAAAUGUAAUUUAUAUUAAUAAUAUUUCAUUAAUACAAACUAAUGAAUUAUUAACAACAAUUAAUUUAUAUUCAUUUUAUAAUCCAUGGAAAAAAGAUAUUCAAAUAUUAGGAACAUGCCAAACAAAAUUUAUUCCAUAUCGUGAAAUGUUUUUUACAAAUGAUAUUAUUCAUAUUCGAAAUAUCAUUAUAGAAAAAGGACAAACUAUUCAAAUACAUUGUAAAGAAUUUUUUUUUGUAUUAUAA